GUGUCCCUCGUGUGAAUUAUGAUUACAUGUGACUCCAUGUGAUGACCUGUCCAUGCUGCAUGGCAGACUUGGCUUUUUCUCAUGGAUAGUCGACGGCCCACUUGGUGGCGGCCUUUGCCUGGGGGACGUGGCGUGAGGACCACUGCCAGCAAAACCCCAGCUGGAGCCUUAGAUCCUGGCCUUUCGGUAGUUCACCAUGUUCACUACGGAGUUGUACAUGCUUGGCAGGGUCUAGAAGGGAGGCAACAUAUCCGCUAUUCGGCAUCUCUCCCAUCGUUGUCAUUCAGAGGAAAGCAUUUUGUAAGCACUGGCGGCGACGAGCUCGGCAACUUUGCGGGGGGCGAAGUACGUGCAUGAAAGUCAAGCCAUGGACUGGGAUUGGGCAGUGCUUCUGUUCCCUCCUCGCUGCGGCCGUGAUAUGCAUCUCAAUAUCUCAUCUCAGGGCGUAUAAUCUUUAUUCUUACUUUUCCUCCGUCUCAUCGAACCUAUCGGACGAGGUUGGAAGACGGAGGGAACUGGCUAUAACAAAAGUAUGACAUGAGAAACUUGAGUUGAGGGAGCGGCUCUCUCUAGGCUAGGGGAGAGAGCUUCUCGUAUGAGAGAGGAGUGAAGCACGGCAGAACGCAAGCAAGCAAGCAAGCAAGCGACCGACGUGCAUUCGUCGUGCAUUUGGGCGGAUGUGCAUGAGAAGGGGGAAGAGGGAACAUGUGUUGAGAGAGGAGUGGCUGUUUUUAUAAGGUUGCUUACGUCUUGAUGCCUGACGAUGGGGGGGGAGGGGGCCCUUUUAUUGAUUU